UAUUUACUUAUCAUUGUUGAAGAAAAGUUUAACAAAUUUUUAUAAAUUUCUCAGAAACGAUUUAUAGAUUUCGUUUCUAAGAAUAUAAUAAAUAUACCUUGAGUGUUAUUAUACUUUCACUGAAUCGGUGUGUUUUUUCUUACUUUCAACAUGAAUAUUACAUUACAGGCAUGUAUUUUGGCGGUUAUUGGAGUUAUCUGGACAGUAUCACCACAAGUAUUAAAACAACCUAUUUCUGAAGAAGCUCUUCAAGCAGUAUUAAAUGAUCAACGUUACUUGAUGAGACAACUUAAGUGUGCCUUAGGAGAAGCUAAUUGUGAUCCAGUUGGACGAAGAUUAAAAAGUUUGGCACCAUUAGUUUUACGAGGAUCCUGUCCACAAUGUUCACCGUCCGAAACUAAACAAAUUAAGAAAGUAUUAGCCCAUGUACAAAGGAAUUAUCCAAAAGAAUGGAAUAAAGUCGUGCAACAGUAUGCGGGAUAAAAAUUAAAAAAAAUAUGUAAUGUUUGUAUUUAUUGUAUAGGGCAGA